AUGGAGGGCGAACAAAAGGGAGCAGAGACGCGUGAGGCGAGAAAGAGAGAGAAGAGAGAGGAGGAGAGCAAGCAAGAAGAGAAAAAGGAGGCGGAAGCGCAAGAAGACUGCCAAAGAGACGGAGGAGGAAAGCAGGGGAGAAGAGAGAGGAGGAGAGAAAGGAAUGGGAUGAAGAGCGGCGUGAGAGGAAAGAAAGAAGAGAAAAAGUAGAGGGGGAGAGAACAAGAAGAAUGAGAGUAGAGCGGAGCGCUAAACGAAGUCUUCAUAAAAGCUAUUAUGGUCGCCAUCAGUAGCUGCAGGCUUAGUAUUCGAGACCUGCCUCGAUUCCGAAGAGAGGCGGGAGAGCCCUACGCUCUACAGACUGCUUCGGCUCUACCCUACCUCAGAUCCCAUAUGUAGUCUCUACCAUCAUCAUCUACGAGCUAAUGCUCUUCACUCCUUUCUGACAGAUCUUGCCAUCUUUGAGUUAUUCAAUGUGGGAGUUACCGGGAUGUUCAAAGAUGAGUUGGAAGUGUGUUGUAAAAAAACAGGACGAGAGCGACCUGACAUGAUAUAGAAGUGGAAUUCAAGUAUCCUUUCAGGUUAGUCAAGCUCUCUCUUUUCUCUCUUUUGACCAGGGCCAAGACUGUAUUGGCCCACGGAGUUAUAGACUCAAGGAGCUAACACAAGUCUUUAGCUCCAAGGCAUUAUCAUCAUUCGAGGAUGGUUAAUGGAACUUCCCACACACUUCACUAUUCCAUAUCAACGAGGUCGUGACUACCCUCCUGUUCCUCUCUUCCAUCUCGGCUUCACCAGAAAUACUUCGACGCCCCGACAUGUAAGGGGGGUCCCCCCGAGCGUCCUUCUGGUUGGUGAACUACUCUUCCCUCAGCAGAGUUCUUCGUCACAUCGGUGUGUUCGCCUUCCUCUACUCCAUGGCUGCCCUCAGCGUUACGUCUUCGCCCUGGAGAAAGUACCGGGGAGAAACAAGGGAACACAAGGAGGGAACCACUCAUCGUGAGUGGGGGGAGGGGUGCCCAAGGGAAUAGUGUGUACAGGCCUGUGCCAACAGAUAGGGGUCCAACCUGUGCCAACAGAUAGGGGUCAACCUGUGCCACAGAUAGGGGUUCAACCUGUUGCCACAAGAUGGGGUCAACCUGUGCCACAGAUAGGGGUCAACCUGUGCCACAGAUAGGGGUCAACCUGUGCCACAGAUAGGAGUCAACCUGUGCCACAGAUAGGGGUCAACCUGUGCCACAUAUAGGGGUCAACCUGUGCCCAGGCUCUCCCACUCACCAAGUGUUUUCUUUUUUGGGGUGGUAUACAUUUUGUAAAAUAUAUUUACUGAACAGAAAUAUAAGCGCAACAUGUAAAGUGUUGGUCCCAUGUUUCAUGAGCUGAAAUAAAAUAUCCCAGAAAUGUUCCAUACACACAAAAAAUAGAAUUUCUCUAAAUUGUUUUGCACAAAUUUGUUUUACAUCCCUGUUAGUGAGCAUUUCUCCUUUGCCAAGAUAAUCCAUCCACCUGACAGGUGUGGCACAUCAAGAAGCUGAUUAAACAGCAUGAUCAGUACAUAGGUGCACCUUGUGCUGGGGACAAUAAAAGGCAACUCUAAAAUGUGCAGUUUUGUCACACAACACAAUGCCACAGAUAUCUAAAGUUUUGAGGGAGCGUGCAAUUGGCAUGCUGACUGCAGGAAUGUCCACCAGAACUGUUGCCAGAUAAUUGAAUGUUAAUUUAUCUACCAUAAGCCGCCUCCAAUGUCGUUUUAGAGAAUUUGGCUCAGGACCUCCACAUCCGGCUUCUUCACCAGCGGGAUCGUCUGAAACAAGCCACCCGGACAACUGAUGAAACUGUGGGUUUGCACAUCCAAAGAAUUUCUGCACAAACUGUCAGAAAUCGACUCAGGGAUGCUCAUCUGAGUGCUCGUCAUCCUCACCAGGGUCUUGACCAGACUGCAGUUCGGUCGUAACCGACUUCAGUGGGCAAAUGCUCACCUUAGAUGGCCACUGGCACGCUGGAGAAGUGUCCUCUUCACGGAUGAAUCCCGGUUUCAACUGUACCGGGUAGAUGGCAGACAGUUUGCUGAUGUCAACGUUGUGAACAGAGUGCCCCAUGGUGGCGGUGGGAUUAUGGUACGGGCCACAGGAGGAUGGUGGUACGUUAAUUGGGGAGGACGGGCUUGUGAUAAUGACUGGAGCGGAACAGGUGGAAUGGUAUCAAAUACAUCAAAGACAUGGUUUCCAGGUGUUUGAUGCCAUUCCAUUUGAAUUCUUCCGGAUAUUAUUAUGAGCCGUUCUCAGCUUCCUGUGGUGGGGUUAUGGUAUGGGCAGGCAUAAGCUACGGACAAUUAACACAAUUGCAUUUUAUCGAUGGCAAUUUGAAUGUACAGAGAAACCGUGACGAGAUCCGCUGCCAUCACCUUAUGUUUCAGCAUGAUAAUGCAGGGCCCCAUGUUGCAAGGAUCUGUACACAAUUCCUGGAAGGUAAAAAUGUCCCAGUUCUUCCAUGGCCUGCAUACUCACCAGACAUGUCACCCAUUGAGCAUGUUUGGGAUGCUCUGGAUCGACAUGUAUGGCAGCGUGUUCCAGUUCCCGCCAAUAUCCAGCAACUUCACACAGCCAUUGAAGAGGAGUUGGACAACAUUCCACAGGCCACAAUCAACAGCCUGAUCAACUCUAUGCGAAGGUGAUUUGUCACGCUGCAUGAGGCAAUUGGUGGUCACACCAGAUACUGACUGGUUUUCUAAUCCACGCCCCUACCUUCUUUUUUUAAGGUGCAUAUCUGUAUUCCCAAUCAUGUGAAAUCCAUAGAUUAGGGCCUAAUUUAUUUAUUUCAAUUGACUGAUUUCCUGAUAUGAACUGUAACUCAGUAAAAUCGUUUAUAUUUGGGUUCAGUGUAGCUAGCUAAAACAGAAUCACCACAUUGUUUACAGUUUUAUACCAUUUCUGUUGUUAUUGUUCUGAAACUACUUGCCCCCAAGUCGUCGUUACGUCGUCAGGUUCGCCACCCCCUAUCCCACCCCAUCCGUUGGUUGGUUGCGCCUGUUGACCUGCCCUGUACGAAGUUUGCGCGCCCACUUGUGUACCUUUUCCCCCCGGUCAGCCCUGGAUGGAGAUUGCGCGCAUUCGGUAUCCAAACAUGCACGGCUUGAGAUGCAGUCACCAGUCUGCUGUGUGUCUAGCUACAGUACUACCACAGCAGCAUAACAUUUGAUUAACACUUGAUGAAACUUGAUUUCCGUCAUCAUCAACACUGGGUCUGGUUGGCUGAUAACCUACGCCCAGCAGAGAGAGACGGAAAGACAUAGAGAGGAGCGGCUGAAGCAUCACUUCUUCAGUCGAGAGUUGUGUCAGGGCUACAGCAAGACAGGUAUUCUAGACCUUAGCUAAUAUACCAUAUAGUAAAACAAUUAAUAGACCUAUGCUCAUUCUAACUAGAGGCAGUUAAUAUGCCCUUUUUUUUUUUUUGGAAUACCUGCCCCCUGAAAGGUCUGUAGCCUUCUGCAAUCUAUCUUAACAGUUGACAUCAUUUUACCAUUUGAAACCUUCCCACUCUUCCUGUGUGUUGUAAUUCACCAGAGGGUCUGAUGUCAUAGACCUGCUUAGCUCUAGAAUAAUGACGGUGGCCAUCUUGGUCAGGUGUUCUAUUCGUCAUUCUAUGAGUUUGACCUCAUUCCCCGUUUCCGUGUGUGCUUCUACCUUCUACCCCAGGACUUUGGCGUGACCUGUGUGUUCACCUUCAUGUGGUUGGUCAGCUCAGCUGCGUGGGCGAAGGGCCUGUCGGAUGUCAAGGCGUCCACGGACCCUGAGAAGGUGGUGGAUCUGAUCUCAGCCUGCGAUGAGGAAGGUAACCUCUGUCGUGAGGUUCAUGACCCUGUCAUGUCCGGACUCAACACCUCUGUCGUGAGUGUCUGGUUUUGCUAUAGCAGUUCAUUGUAGCAGUGAUCUUACGUUGUGAGUGUGUCUGCUGUGUUCGUUUGCAGUGCAAUAAUAUGUUCUGUUUAUUAAUAGUUCCGGCGGUGGAUCUCUGUGUCAAAGCAGUACGUUUCCAUAGGCAUGCAUUGUAACAGAUUAUUUUCAUUCAUAAUUGAAAGAUUUUAUAAUUAUUAUUUUUUUAUAAAAUCUCAUUGGCUUUUUUUCCCACCCUCUUUGGCUGUGGGCCUGGAAAUUUCCCCGGGACCCUUUUUUGUAAAGGGUUCCCGGGCCCUUUUCCCCCCUUUUCCCCCCCCAGCCCCCCGCCCCCCCCCCACCCCCUUUUCCUCCCUGCCCCUUCCCUCCCUUGGGGCCCCAUCCCCUUCCCCCCCCCCUCUUUUUCCCCGCCCUUCCCCCCCCGCCCGGCCCCCCCCCCCCUUUUUUUUCCCCCCCCCCCCCCCCCCCCAAAAAAAAAAACCCCCCCCGGGGGGGGGGCAAACCCGCCCCCCCCCCCCAAAAAACCCCCCCCGGGGCGCCCCCCCGGGGGGGGCCCCCCCCCCCUUUCCUGGGGGACCCCCCCCUGGCCUCCCCCCUUUCCCCCGGGGUGUCCCCCCCUCCCUCCGCCGCCUGCCUCUUUCCUCUCUCCCCUCCUCCCUCCUUGCCAGUCCUCCUGUACUCUUUCCUUCCUCUCCCUCCUAGCUCUCCUUCCUCUUUCCUUCCUCUCUCCAAUUCCUCUCCUCCCUUCCUCCCUCCCUCUCUCUCCUUCCCAUCCAGUAUCUAGACCCAGGGGCCCAACUUUGGUUUAGGGGACAUAACUUAUAUAAACACUACUACUACUGAGCUGUACGCACUACCCUCUACACUACCGGUAAAAAGGUUUGGACACACCUACUCAUUCCAGGGUUUUUCUUUAUUUUUACUAUUUUCUACAUUAUAUAAUAAUAGUGAAGACAUCAAAACUAUGAAAUAACACAUAUGGAAUCAUGUAGUAACCAAAAAAGUGUUCAACAAAUCAAAAUAUAUUUUAUAUUUGAGAUUUUUCAAAUUGCCACCUUUUGCCUUGAUGACAGCUUUGCACACUCUUGUCAUUCUCUCAACCAGCUUCAUGAGGUAGUCACCUGGAAUGCAUUUCAAUAAACAGGUGUGCCUUCUUAAAAGUUAAUUGAAAGAACAGCUCAAAUAAGCAAACAGAAACGACAGUCCAUCAUUACUUUAAGACAUGAAGGUCAGUCAAUCCGGAACAUUUCAAAAACUUUGAAAGUUUAUUCAAGUGUAGUCGCAAGAACCUUAAAGUGCUAUGAUGAAACUGGCUCUCAUGAGGAUAAGUACAAUAGAGUUACCAGCCUCAGAAAUUGCAGCCAACAUCAACUGUUCAGAGGGGACUUUGUGAAUCAGGCCUUCAUAUGGUCGAAUUGCAGCAAAGAAACCACUACUAAAGGACACCAAUAAGAAGAAGAGACUUGCUUGGGCCAAGAAACACGAACAAUGGACGUUAGACCGGUGGAAAUAUGUCCCUUGGUCUGGAGUCCAAAUUGGAGAUUUUUGGUUGGUGUCUUUGUGAGACACGGUGUGGAUGAACGGAUUAUCUCUGCAUGUGUGGUUCCCAUCGUGAAGCAUGGAGGAGGUGGUGUUAUGGUGUGGGGGUGCUUUGCUGGUGACACUGUCUGUGAUUUAUUUAGAAUUCAAGGCACACUUAACCAGCAUGGCUACCACAGCAUUCUACAUCGAUACGCCAUCCCAUCUGGUUUGGGCUUAGUGGGGCUGUCAUUUGUUUUUCAACAGGACAAUGACCCAACACACCUCCAGGCUGUGUAAGGGCUAUUUUACCAAGAAGGAGAGUGAUGGAGUGCUGCAUCAGAUGACCUGGCCUCCACAAUCCCCCAACCUCAACCCAAUUGAGAUGGUUUGGGAUGACUUGGACCGCAGAGUGAAGGAAAAGCAGCCAACAAGUGCUCAGCAUAUGUGGGAACUCCUUCAAGACUGUUGGAAAAGCAUUCCAGGUGAAACUGGUUGAGAGAAUACCAAGAGCGUGCAAAGCUGUCAUCAAGGCAAAGGGUGGAUAUUUGAAGAAUCUCAAAUCUCAAAUAUAUUUUGAUUUGUUUAACAUUUGUUUGGUUACUACAUGAUUCCAUAUGUGUUAUUUCAUAGUUGUUAUAUCUUCACUAUUAUUCUACAAUGUAGAAAAUAGUAAAAAUAAAGAAAAACCCUUGAAUGAGUAGGUGUUCUAAAACUUUUGACCGGUAGUGUAUGUAUUUUUUUAUCCAGUUUUAUAAACACUCCAAACAGCUGACUGCUCGGAGGUGUCCGCAGGGUCCUAAAGCACACCGUUGCCUCAUUUUAUAUCACAUUUUAUAUCACAUUCCAAUUAUAAAACUGAGGGGAACAAAAAUGCAAUUUCAGAAUGUGGGGGGGACAUGCCCCCCCCGUCCCCAGUGAAAGUUGCGCCCCUGUCUAGACCUAUAUAUCUAAUAGUAAUAUAACUGCCCCCCCCCCCCCCCCCCCCCUAUCUCUCUCUCUCUCUGCCUCUCUCUCACUCCUCCCUUCUCUCUCUCCUCCCAGUGUUUUGGCUUCAUGAACCUGGUCUUGUGGGGAGGAAACCUGUGGUUCGUCUUUAAGGAGACCGGCAUCAUCGCCCCCUUCAUGCGAGCCCCUCCUCCCCAGGAGAAGCAGCCCGCCCCAGACUCCUACGGCCAGCAGGCGGGGUACGAGCAGGGGGGCUACCAGCCAGAAUACAACCAGCAGCAGGGUUACAACCAGGAGGGCGGAGAGUAUGGACAGGCCCCCACCUCCUUCUCCAAUCAG